GGGGGCUCCUGGUCCUGGCCCUACCCAUCACCAGCCCUUCAGUUCCAGGGGGAAUGGUUUGUCCUCGGCUUGGCAGGCAACGCCUUCAAGAAGGAGGACAGGGCACUGCUGAAUCCCUUCAUUACAACUUUUAUGCUAAAUAGCAAAGGCCACUUGGAAGUGUCCAACGCCAUGACCCGGGGCCGGCGCUGUAACAGUUGGUCUUACGUGCUGAUACCAGCAGCGCAGCCUGGACGGUUCACCGUGGGCAAGGGGACUGGGGUGGACAGCGAGGACGUCCAGGUGGUAGACAGCGACUACACCAGCUAUGCGCUGCUGCUCUCCCGCAGACGCACGGGCAGCCAGACCGUCCUCAGAGUCAGCCUGCUGGGCAGAAACUGGAAGCUCCCUCCCGGGUCGCUGGACAAGUUCGUCUGCCUGGGCAGAGCCCAGGGCCUCUCAGAGGACAACAUCGUCUUCCCGGAUUUCACUGACUGGUCCCUGCGUCCAGGCGCCUGUUGAAGGACGAAGUGGCUCCUGCCUCCGCCAGGCCAGCCUCCUGCCUCUAGCUCCACCCUGCUCUGCUUUCCACAUGAAUAAACGCUCAGGACCCUGAA